GUAAUCAUCUGUGGGAGAUUGUGACCUAACAGUGAGAUGUGGAUGUACAGUUGUCUCUGUGUACUUUUCGAAGUUAUCAUCACUACACAUGCCAGCUCUGCCCAAGAGAAUCUGGCAUUAGGAGGACAGGCUGUACAGUCAUCCACGGGAAUUGUUGGUUGGGAAGCAGACAAGGCCAUUGACACUUCACCCUUCAGCUGCACCCAUACAGACACAACUGAUAACCCCUGGUGGAGAGUGGAUCUUCUGGAUUCUUACUACAUCUCUACAGUCGUCGUCACUAACAGACCAAACUGCUGUCCAGAACGACUUAAUGGAGCAGAAAUUCAUAUCGGAAACUCUUUGGAGAACGACGGCAACAAUAAUUCAAGGUUAAGUGAUUAUAGUAACUGUUGCGAGGACAGUCAUGGGGGGGUCAUCUUCUUGACGGCCUGGUGGGUGACUGAAGGGAAAGAGUUCAGCAUCCUAACAGCCUGGUGGAAGAAGCUGCUGCUGAUUCUGGUGGUGCGGGAGCAGUGGCGGCUCCAGAGAUUUUCUGAUGCAGGUGCUAUGGGGAUGCUCAAUACUUAA